AUGUCGUCGGCAUCAGAACCAUCUCUCCUCGAAUACGCUCGCUUUCACAAUAUCGCCAACAGCAGUAUUCUCGACCCAUCCCAGUUUAUCAAACCGGCCGUCGAAGACAUAGACCCUUCUGUUGAUGAUAUAAUCCAAAUUCCUUCUAUUGAUCUAUCAGGUGUCCACUCUGAGAUAAAAGCAAUAUCUAAGGAGAAGCUUGAUUUUAGCUGGACUAGCGCACCCCUCUUAGUAUCUAUUAUUAAAUCUACCGCCGAAUCGAAAUAUGAAGAGCCAAAUGCGAAUCGUUAUGGGGAAGACGAAUAUCUACCAGACUUCUAUCAAAUUCGAAAUUUGAAAGAGGAUACUCCAAUGCUGCGGAUAGAUCAUGAACUUGAUGUGCAAUCAUUUCGUCAAAAGAUCUCACUCCAUGCCAUUGAGAUUAACUUGCCACUAGAACACGUGAAUGAUGAGAAUGACGAAGGUUUGAAGUUUCCAGCAGUAUUUUGGCUCAAGUCAAAGCAGUUACGAGAAAUUUCCCAAGGUGAAAAGCUGGACUGUACAAAAGAGGUCUUGAUAUUUCUUCAGGAGAUCAAAGUUCAGAUUCUGAAGGCUAGGCAACCGGCUAGCGAUGACUGGUUAGAUGAAGAGAUUAUCUGCUACGGCAAGAGAAAAGAGAUCGACCCUCAAACACCGAUACUUUUACCUAGGGACCGAACAAAAGCUCCAUUUAUCCCGUCUUCCCCUUAUCUAGAACUAGAAAUCCUCUCGGAGCCAAUUACCCCCCUGGUGCCUGGAUAUCAAGACAUUGAGAGCCAACAACUUGAGGCUACUCCCGUACGAAACUCCCAUGACGUAGUCAGGGGGUUUCUUACGGGUACCAAUGGCGGUGUAUAUCCAGAACUCUUGUCAGGUAUAUCGAAUAAAGCACCACAGGCAGCAUCCUUAGAGCUAUCUUUAGAUCCUCUUGUUAGGAAUAGCAUGAAAGAUUUCAAGGUUGAAACUCCCAUCGCUCCGCCCGUAUCGACCAAAAAGAGAUACGCUGAAAAUGAUGAGGAAAUUACAAAUGCCAUGGCGAGAUCUGGCGUUCUCCCUGAAUGGAGUUCCUGUGACGAAAUAGAAAUUGAAAAUGGUGACCUCGUCGAGAAUGGCCUCGAAGAAAUUGCCAGUGCAGCUAAGAAAAUAACUGACUACAAACAUAAAAACGAGCUCAUCAAGGGAAUUGGUAUUUCCACUCGAUGUGAGGUGCCUAUACUUAAGUCGCCACACACUUUUCCACCGUGGCCUCUCAUCAACGGCCUAUCGGAGUCUGAACUGAAGGAUUUAUAUCACGCCUUUAUUUCUAAAGUUAAACAGGAACAUUUAAUUGGGUCCCACAGUUUCCAUUAUCAACGUGGACAGUAUCUCAAAUGGGUACCGUUUGCAGUGGAAUUACGGAGGCUGGACGUCAAUGAAAAUAUUGGGCCAAUGGACGCACUAGACUGGUUAUAUUGCAGAGUCGAUCUGUUAAACCGUGUGGAAGACGAGGUCGAGAAAUUUAUGCCAGAUUUCCCUCAUGACUCUCGCCUUUCGAAUCUAGACGACAAAGAGGAACCGUCACGAGCUUGCAGGGAAAUAGAACGACCGGUUUCAUCAAUCGUAAGACAUGCCCUAUUUACUGCUAUAAAUGAACCAAAAAGAAGUUGUCCCCAAUAUCAGCAUGCAAAUAAUUUAGGAGGAGUUUCCCAAAAGCGAGCAGGUUCCCAGAAUUUUUCAAAUAUUAGACUGGAUGUGGAAAAUCGGCGAGCUGAAAGAACGCGAUUUUCCAAAAUUUCACCUCUAGAUUCUCUUUCGAAUUUUAUGGAAGUUCGUGGUCACAACCUUAGGGCUUCCCGUCCAGAUGUGUGUCCAUAUUUUUCCCACCCAGCUCCACCGGAAUUGCCGGUUUCGGCAUCAGGUACCCUGAGUCCCGGGAUUGGUGCUCAUCUGCUGGAAAGGUCCACUCAGUUAGGCUCUCAUGCUACUUCCAUACCCACAUUAGCCUUUCCAAGCACGAUUGCGCCUCUAGGAGCAUUAACAUUUGUGAUAUCUACCUCACUUCUCCAAACUCAUCGAGCGAUAAUCCACAAUCUUGAAUCAUUGUUCCCACCAUGUCAUUUAUUUUUCCGUGAUUCUAAAGCGGCGAGUCCUCGUCAUCCACAAUUGUUUUCGCAAGUUCAAGGUCAUUCUACCGAUUCACCAAGCGAUGAACCUCAAAUAGCAGAUAUAUCAAUUUCACCAGCUGCAGGCGUUAUUUUAACCACCACUCAAGAUAUACUUCAAAAAUAUCUGCCGGGCCACCAACCACAUCAUCAGGGAAUUGUACAUGAACUGAAUUCUCCCAUUCGCCAGCGCAUUUCCAACGUUUGUCUUUUAUAUGAGGAAUUAUAUGUUAUUAUUUGCAACCAAAUAAAUAGCCCGAAGCAACACGCCUCAGAAAUAGGAAUGAACGUUAGCACCAUGAAUGCUGUUGACUCGCUGAGGGCGUUUUGUGAUUCCCUAAACCACUUUACGACAGUAACUGUUUCCGUCGUCAUGGCUGACCCUAACAACUUAACAAAUUGGCUAGUAAGCGCUGCAAACCGAUAUCAUGUUUCUUCCCGAUGGUCCCCUGCCAACCCUAUCACCGGGAGAGGCGAAUCCAACCAGGCUUUCUCGGUGGGAGAUGCCUCACCUCACGAGCUUCUUCUUCGCCAGAUGGGCUUGAAUCCGUUUGCAGCACUUAUGGCACUGUUUUAUCCCUUUGAGGAGAGGAAGACCGGAGACGAUUUAGGGUACGAUAGAAGUUUCUUGAUGAAUUUUCCAACCAAAGGGACUUUAGAUAUGCACAAAGCGCUCGCCCGCUUUGUUGGUAUGAAUCCCUUAGAAAGAAAGCGUAUAUUUGCGCCCAUAUUCGGUCAACGUGUCUUAGAACGUGUGGAACGAAGACUAGGCGUUGAGGAGCGGUGA